AUGUCAUUACCACUCGAAUACAAUGUUACAUUACCAGACGGUAAUAAAUUUAGUCAACCAUCGGGGUUAUUCAUUAACAAUGAAUUUGUAAAGAGCAAAUCAGGCAAGACUAUUGAAUCGAUAAACCCUUCAACAGGUGAAGUCAAUGGAUCGGUUUAUGCAGCAGAUGAGGAGGACGUUGAUUCAGCAGUUAAGCAUGCUAGAAAUGCGUUCCAUGCUGUCUGGAGAAAGACUACGGGUGUUGCGAGAGGUGACUUACUUAACAAGUUUGCUCAGGUCUUGCAAGAACAAAGAGACCUAAUUGGUGCCAUUGAGGCUUGGGAUUCGGGAAAGACCAAAGAACAGAAUGCCGUGUAUGAUAUUGAUGAAUGCAUUAAUUGUUUUAAAUAUUUUGCCGGAUGGGCUGACAAAAUUCAAGGAAAAGUGAUCCAGAAUGAUCCAAAAAAGUUGGCGUACACAGUUCAUGAGCCAUUUGGUGUAUGUGCACAAAUUAUUCCUUGGAAUUAUCCUUUGGCUAUGGCUGCAUGGAAAUUGGCUCCGGCGUUGGCUGCCGGUAACGUUGUGGUUUUGAAAUCAUCCGAAGUGACUCCUUUGUCGAUUUUGUAUUUGGCAAAGAUUUUCAGAGAUGUAGGCUUUCCACCAGGUGUUGUGAAUAUUUUAUCCGGAUACGGUGCAACAUGCGGAAAAGCUUUGGCUUCUCAUUUAGAUGUUGAUAAAAUAGCCUUCACGGGUUCAACUGCUACCGGAAAGUUGAUACAACAAAUGGCUUCUUCCAAUUUGAAAGCUGUAACCUUAGAAUGCGGGGGAAAGUCUCCAUUGAUUGUGAGAAAAGAUGCAGAUUUGGAACAAGCUGUCAAAUGGGCAGCUAUCGGUAUCAUGAGCAACCAAGGUCAAAUUUGUACGUCAACUUCUAGAGUUUAUGUUCAUGAAUCCGUUUAUGAUACUUUCUUAACAAUGUACGCUAAGCAUAUAAAAGAGGAAUAUGUACAAGGCGAUAUGUUUGAAAAGAACGCAAUUGUAGGUCCACAGGUCUCCAAACAACAAUUUGAUAAAAUCUUAUCUUACAUUGAUAUCGGUAAGAAAGAAGGUGCCAGAGUUAUUUUAGGCGGUGAAAAAAAUUCCGACGGAAAUAUGUCGAAAGGAUUCUUUGUUAAACCCACCAUAUUUGCCGAUGUAAAGCCAGACAUGCGAAUUGUUAAUGAAGAAAUAUUUGGGCCGGUUGUCACUUGUGGAAAAUUUGCGUCUGACGAAGAAGCUAUAAAAUACGCUAAUCAAACGCAAUACGGAUUAGGUGCAGCGAUAUUCACCUCAGAUAUAACCAAGGCUCAUAGCAUGGCAAGCGAUAUUCAAGCUGGUAUGGUUUGGAUAAACUCUUCCAAUGAUUCAGAUUGCCAUGUUCCUUUUGGUGGGGUGAAAAUGAGUGGGGUUGGUAGAGAAUUAGGUGAAUACGGUUUAUCUAUGUAUACCCAAGCUAAAGCAAUCUACGUUAACUUGGGUACACAUUUAUAA